UAAAUUAAUAAUAAUUUAUAAAAAUAAUAAAAUAAAUAAAAACAAAAAGAAUUAUUGUCUGCAUGACGCACAUGGUUGUUUGAAACGGUUAUGUGAUGAGAUACGACGUCCAGGAGCUGCUACUUCAUCAGUCUGCCGAGGAUCCUUUCGCCAGAUUUGCCAAUGGGAUGGCAUAUCAUCCAUUUCUGCAGCUAACGCAACGACCCACUGACUUCAGCGUCUCCUCGCUGUUGACGGCGGGUAACAACAACAACAACAACACCAACAGCGGCAACACCAACAACUCCAACUCCAACACAAGCAACACCAACAACAACAACAACAGUAGCAGUUUAAGUAACUUGGGAGCCGCAGCAGCAGUUUCUCCAACGGGUGGUGGUGGUGCACAGCUAUCGCCGCAGAGCAACCACAGCAGCAGCCACAGCACCACCGCCAGCAGCAACAACAACAACAAUACAAAUCAGCUCAAUAAUAACAACAACAAUAACAAUAAUAAUAACAACAACAAUAAUAAUAAUAAUAAUAAUAGUAAAGGACAUCAUUUGAGCACCACCGAGGACUUGCAUUCGCCAGCCGGUACACCACCACCCACAAGUGGGGCUGGUGCACCACCGCCGCCGCCGUCCUCCUCCUCCUCCGCAAGCCACCCGCCGUCGCACCACCCGCCGUCACAUCACUCGCCCGGAGGAGCAGCCGCACCACCGCCACCACCCACGCACCAGCCACCGCCGCCGCCGCCACCGCAUCUGCAGCCACAGCCGCCCGUCGGUGGUCCGCCGCCGCCACCGCCCCCCUACUUCCCGGCGGCGGCAUUGGCCGCUCUGGCCGGCAGUCCGGCCGGGCCCCAUCCGGGCCUGUAUCCCGGCGGCGGACUCCGCUUCCCGCCACACCACCCGGCGGCCCAUCCGCAUCCACAUCCGCACCACCACCCCCUGGGCAGUGCCUACACCACCGCCGAGGACGUCGUUCUGGCCUCGGCCGUCGCCCAUCAGCUCCAUCCUGCGAUGCGACCGCUGCGGGCCCUCCAGCCGGAGGACGAUGGCGUUGUUGACGAUCCCAAGGUCACCCUGGAGGGCAAGGACCUCUGGGAGAAGUUCCACAAGCUGGGCACCGAAAUGGUCAUCACCAAAUCCGGCAGACAAAUGUUUCCGCAAAUGAAAUUUCGUGUUUCGGGACUGGAUGCCAAGGCUAAAUACAUCUUGCUACUGGACAUUGUGGCGGCGGACGAUUAUCGUUAUAAAUUUCAUAAUAGUCGCUGGAUGGUGGCUGGGAAAGCGGAUCCUGAGAUGCCAAAACGCAUGUAUAUCCAUCCAGAUUCACCCACAACGGGUGAGCAAUGGAUGCAGAAAGUUGUUUCAUUUCACAAAUUAAAAUUGACCAACAAUAUUAGUGAUAAACAUGGAUUUGUAAGUACUACCAUCCUGAACUCGAUGCACAAGUACCAGCCGCGUUUCCACCUGGUAAGAGCUAAUGACAUCCUGAAGCUGCCGUACUCCACGUUUCGCACGUACGUGUUCAAGGAGACGGAGUUCAUCGCCGUGACUGCAUAUCAGAAUGAGAAGAUAACUCAAUUGAAAAUCGACAACAAUCCCUUCGCCAAGGGCUUUCGUGAUACUGGUGCUGGAAAGCGGGAAAAGAAUUGUUACAGGCAAGCUCUGAUGUCCAACCGAGGGUCCGACUCGGACAAGUUGAAUCCCACGCACGUGAGCAGCUCCCGGGCUCCGCUCCACUUGGGCCACGCCGGCCGGCCGCCCCACCUGCAUCCGCACGCCUCGCUGCUGGACCAGCAGCAGGACGACGAGGACAAGCUCCUGGACGUUGUCGGACCGCCGCAGAGUCCGCUGCUGCCGCUCAGCCACUCGCUGCAGCAAAUGCACGCCCACCAGCACUCCGCCUUGGCAGCCUGGUUUAAUCACCUGGCCGGAGCCGGGGCAGGAGCUGGAGAGCAUGCUGCGGCGGCAAACGCCAGUGCGGAGGACGCCCUGCGACGGCGGCUCCAGGCCGACGCCGACGUGGAGCGGGACGGCAGCGACUCUAGCUGCUCGGAGAGCGUCGGCGGCAGUACCGGCGGUGCCUUUCGUCCCACCUCCACGGGCAGUCCCAAGGAGGCGGUGAUGGGCGGGUCCAGCGGCAAUGGUGGAGGCGGUGGAGCGGCAGCAGCUGCGGCAGCGGCGGCGGGUCUGAAUCCCGGCGGUGGAGGCGGCGGUGGGGGCAGCUACCCCUCGCCCAAUAUAUCGGUGGGCCCGCCCAUCCACCCCUCGCCGCACCUGUUGCCUUACCUGUAUCCCCACGGCCUGUAUCCGCCGCCGCACCUCGGCCUGCUGCACAAUCCGGCGGCAGCGGCCGCGGCCAUGAGUCCGGCGGGCCUCAAUCCGGGCCUGCUCUUCAACGCCCAGCUGGCCCUGGCCGCCCAGCACCCGGCCCUGUUCGGCCACGCCUACGCGGCGGCAGGCCACACGCCCGUGUCGCCACUGCAGGGUCUGAAGUCGCAUCGCUUCUCGCCGUACAGCUUGCCGGGAAGCCUGGGCUCCGCCUUCGAUGCCGUCACUCCGGGCUCGAGGUCCGGCGAGGGGGGAGGCCCCAUGCCGCCGGGCGGCCUCUCGGUGGAGAACGGACCGCGCAGCCUAAGCUCCAGCCCCCGGCCGCGCCCCUCCUCGCACUCGCCGCCCACGCGCCCCAUCUCGAUGUCGCCCACCACGCCGCCCUCCCUGAUGAAACGCUCCACCCAGAACUCCCAGCACUCGCCCUCGGAGCUGAAGAGCAUGGAGAAGAUGGUGAACGGGCUGGAGGUGCAGCACAACGGCUCGGCAGCCGCGGCGGCGGCUGUGGCUGCGGCGGCCGCCUUGCAACUGGCCGAGGAGGCGGCCCAGCAGCAGGGGCACCACCAUCACCACCACCACCCGCAGCAGCAGCCGCCGCACCAGCACCACCAGCAACAGCAGCACCACACCCAGGCGCACCACCAGCACCAUGGUAGUGGGGCCACUGCGGUGGAUCAGUGACAAUUACUGGACGGCCGCUCCGAGGGAGAGGACGGUGGUGGCGGAGCUGGAGCCGGAGGCGGCCUGGACUUGGAGCUGGAAAUGGAGGAGGACAACCUGGAGGACCUGGAGGGCAACGAGGAUGACCGGGACGAUGAGGACCGUAGCUCGGUGAUCGACCUCGACCUCGACGUCGAUGUCUGACCGGGAACCGAGGGACUCCACGACCUCUAGCCUCUGGCAAGGACAUUUCUAGUUUCGGUGGUUUAACAAAAAGCAUCUAACGGUAAAAAAUGGAAAUGUAAAUAAAAAAAAAACAAUUAAGAAAAAAAACGUAAACGGAGCUAAUUAAAAGCUAAACAACA